AUGGACGUGCCUGAAAAGCGCCGCGGUGGCGGUCACGCACUGCGUACUGGCUCCAGACGCAGCAACCACUCAACGUCGUCCACGUCAGGCACCACCGCAGCCGUCAAUACAGACUCUACCAGCGGCAGCGGCAGCGGCAGCAACAGCAACAGCAACAGCAGCAGCAUGCCGGUGAUGCCUCCCCGCGCAGCAAUCCUCAGCAAUCACAACAAUAACAGCAGCAGCAACGCAGCCCUGCCCGAAGAUUGCCACGAAAACACGUCCGGCGGCGGCGUGUUCGUCGCCGACAAGGACAAGGACGGGUCUUGCGGCCCCGCGGGGUCAGCAUCCGUCAGAUACACCGCUUCCUCGUCCAAAGAGAAGCAAAAGGAGCGCGGUGCGGCGCUGAUGCGGGAAAAGGACGAGCGCAUAGCCCAUCUCCAAGGGGAAAUGGACAUCAUGGAGCGCGAGUUCCAGCGCGAGCUGGAUAGACUGAGUCAAAACGAGAGCGAGACAGCUACCUUUUGGCAGGCGAAGCAUAGCGCCUUGAAUCAGCAGUACCUGCGGACGGAUACGGAGCUGCGGCUCCUCCGGGCCGAGGUUGACGUGCAAGACGCGGAGAGGGACGAGUUGCGGCAGGGGUGGGAGGUGCUGAGGAGGGAGCUGCAGGAGCGAAAUGACGAGGUGAGGGGGCUGAGGAGCCAGAUCCGAGGGCUGAAGCAGUUUGUGAGCACGAGCACGAGGACGGAUGGGCAGACGAGCGAUGAGGUUUUCGGGGACGGCAUGGCGCGGCUGGGAAACGGGCUUCAGAAUUGGGUCAUUACGCAUUUCCGGAGGACAAAACUGGUCGACUUUGCAAAAGUGGACGAGGCAACGCUCGCCGAGCUUGGUGAACUGGUCCCCAUGUAUGAGGCGCUUGCCCAAAUGGCAAAGGUGCACUUGCUACAGUCGGUGGUGUCCAAAAUCUUGGUACAAAUGGUCUUCAAUACCUACUUUGUGGGCUUGUCAGACGACCAGACGAGGUGCUUUCGCCAGAUGGAGGAGCUCUUGUCCUGUUUCUCAGCCACGGACGAGUCGAUAAAUCAAUGGCGCGCGUCCACGCUCGCCCUUGUUCGACGCGACGCCCCUCGACUCCUGCAGUCUUGUACUGCGGAGUACGUCGAGAGCGUGAUUUCUCGAAUAAAUCGGAUAUUGGACUCAAUCACCGACAGCAGCACGUCAUCCGUGCCACCGUCGCGCUCAGAAGCACGAGACUCGGCGCUCCGCGUGCUGGUCAACAAUUCUGUCGAGUUAGCGAGGUUGCUGGCGGCUCAGAAGGCCGUGCUGAGGGUGUACAUGCCCGAGGUGCUCCCCCAUCAAGAGGUCAUGUUUGAGCCGGACACCAUGGAGGACCUAGGCGACGAGGACGAGGAGGCUCUCGUCAGAAGGGACGUCUGGUGUGUCGUGUUCCCGGGGGUGAUCAAGCACGGCGACGAGAACGGCGGCCAGUUGCAGUUUCGAAAUGUCAUUGCCAAGGCAAGGGUCCUGUGUAGCCCCGAGUGUUGA